AUGACGGAUGGAUCUAUUAAGAAGUAUACUAUGCUUGAAAGUAUGGAUCGUAAAACCGUUAUUAUCUUUAGCGUGGCGUCAACGAUUCCUACUGUUAUAAUGGUUAAAGACAGGUGGCUUGCAUUUAUAUCUAUGCUUCUAAUAUUGAUUUUACCAAGUUAUAUGUACGAUCUCUAUCUUCGACAUGAGCCACGCUCAAUUAACACUGAUACAUGGUGUCCUUUGCCACUGAUUUCAAAGACAGAAGUAAAUGGCAACUCAGCCAUAUAUAGAUUCAAGUUGAAUGACAGCAGUGAGCUCCUCCAGAUUCCAAUAGGGUAUCAUCUCGCUAUAAGAGUAAAUAUUGGUGGAAAAGUUAGAGUAAGAUAUUAUACUCCAAUUGACCCCAAAAAUCAAAGAGGCCAUUUUGACUUACUAGUGAAAUCGUAUAGUACAGGUGUUGUCUCUAAAUAUUUUGGAACCUUGAAACCUGGCGAUAAAGUCGAGUUCAAAGGACCCUUAGGUGAAUUCAGUUAUAAGAAAAAAAUAACUCAACUGGGUAUUAUUGCUGGUGGAUCUGGUAUUACGCCCGUUUUACAAAUAUUAAACGAAAUUGUGAUAGAACCGGAGAAAUUGAAAAGAAUAUCACUAAUUUACGCAAAUGAAACAGAAAAUGAUAUUCUUAUGAAGAAAGAUUUGGAUAAGAUGGCUACAAAAUAUCCUCAUUUUGAAGUGCAUUAUGUAGUGCAUUUCCCAAGUAAAACUUGGAAGGGUGAUUCGGGCUAUAUUACAAAAGAUGAACUGAAAAAGUACUUACCAAAAUAUUCGGAAAAUCAUAGACUAUUAGUUUGCGGGCCAUUAGAAAUGAAUGAAAUGGUUCUAAGAUAUGCGAAGGAACUAGGGUGGAAUAAUGGGUUCCAAACCUCAAAAAGUGACGACAAAGUCUUCGUUUUUUAA